UCGGUCUCUUCUCCCAGGCAACGAGUGACAGGACGAGAGGAAAAGGUCUUAAGCCAUGACAGGGGAUGUUUAGGUUGGACAUUAGGAGGAGAUUCUCACAGAAAGGGUGAUUAGGCAUUGGAAUGGGCUGCCCAGGGAAGUGGUGGAGUUGCCGUCUCUGGAGAUGUUUACGGAAAGGCUGGACGUGGCACUCAGAGCUAUGGUCUAGCUGACAUGGUAGCGUUCGGUCACAGGUUGGACUCCACGGUCUCAGAGGUCUUUUCCCACCUAACGGCUCCUGCGAUCCCGUGCCUUCCCUCUCGGCGCCUCCCGGGGGCGGAUCUGCCGCAGCCCGUCCCGCAGGCGGCGGGCGGUGUCCAUGGAAACCGAGCGCACGCCGAGCGCCGCCUCCUUCCCUCCUUCCCUGCUUCCCGACGGGCCGCCGCCGCCACCGCCAUCAUGAUGCUGCUGGGCCGCGGGCUGGACGCCAGGGACAAUCAGACUAGGCAAAUACAAGAUGCUGUUUCAAAUGUGGAAAAACAUUUUGGUGAAUUAUGCCAAAUAUUUGCUGGAUAUGUACGUAAAACUGCCAGACUACGAGACAAAGCAGAUCUUCUAGUAAAUGAAAUAUAUGCAUAUGCAGCCACAGAGACACCAAACUUAAAAGUUGGACUGAAAAACUUUGCAGAUGAAUUUUCCAGACUUCAGGAUUAUCGCCAGGCAGAGGUCGACAGGCUUGAAGCCAAGGUUGUUGAACCUCUGAAAUGUUACGGGACCAUAGUGAAACUUAAAAGGGAUGAUCUUAAAGCAACUUUAACAGCAAAGAACCGAGAAGCCAAACAAUUAUCUCAACUGGAAAAGACACGUCAGCGGAAUCCAUCAGAUCUACACAUUAUUUCACAGGCUGAAAGUGAACUGCAGAGAGCAACACUGGAUGCUACUCGAACAACUCGGCAAUUAGAGGAAACUAUUGAUAAUUUUGAGAAACAGAAGAUAAAGGACAUCAAAAACAUCUUUUCUGAAUUUAUAACUAUUGAAAUGUUGUUCCACGGGAAAGCUUUAGAGAUCUAUACUGCUGCCUACCAAAAUAUCCAAAAUAUUGAUGAAAAUGAAGAUUUGGAGGUUUUUCGGAGCUCACUUUAUCCAUCGGACUAUCAGUCUCGCCUAGACAUAGUUCGUGCAAAUUCCAAGUCCCCCCUGCAAAGAACUGCCUCCUCAAAAUCUUCACUGAGGACAGUACAGAUUUCCCGCAGUAUGCUAAGAAAAGAUGAAGAGGAGGAGGAAGAUGAGGAUGAGGAAGAGGAUGAUGAGGAGGAGGAAUUUGAUGCUACUAAGGAAGCUUUCCUCAGGCUAAGAUGACUUGAUUCCUUUACACAUACAGAAUGAAUGCUCACAAAUAAGGACCAAGCCCAGUGUCUACGUUUAAUGCUGCUUUGCUUUUAAAUAAAAGUGCCUUCAUUAUAAAA